CAGGGUGGACAAAGGCGGACGUCCGCAUGUCGCACGCGCUCGGCUGAUGACGUUGUCGCACCGUAGCCCGAACUCCAGUAGCUUAUUACCUCCCAAACGUGCCUUUACACGCCUCGCAGCUCGCGUCAUCUGGCAAGGCUCAUCUGUCCGCGGUUCCGGGACACCCCCCCUUGCCCUCCCACCAAGUUGGCAAACCGCAAGCCACGAAGCCCUGCCAGCUAGAUAACGCUUAAUAAGAACGCAUCGGAGGUUCAAUUAGCUAAAUUGAUUGACUUCUUCACGGUGUGAGAAGCCCUGAUUGAAACCCCAAUCCGGCGGACAGAUAGCGCGGCUACACCCACCUGGUGCGGUUUGUCAGCGCGGGCUCGUGUGUGUGUGUGUGUGUGAGGGAAGGUGUAGUGUCUCUCGCGCGCCGUUAUCUGUGUUACACCACCGGUUGUGUCUCCACGCAUCAGUUCUUGCUAGAUAAAAGCGGUGACAAGUUCUUGGACGCGGGCAGGUUAGCACGCGCGCGUGUGCCCGCGCGUCCAUAUACCACGGCGAAGUUGCGUAGUACCGCUAGGCUCCAGAAGUGGUAGCGGUACCCGGGGUGCUCAACAAAACCACAAGUCAAACCGCCGGCGAGCUCAACUCAACUCAUCCCCACAAACUUCCCCAAAAUCCAGCUACAACCAACAAUGUCCAGCAGCACCAGCCCGGGCGGCAGUGCGGGCAAGCUGCUCAAGAAGAACUCCGUCUCCUUCAGCGAACAGUUGGAAAGUGAGCUAGCGUCGCUCGGUGGCGGCGGCAUCGGCCCGACCGUUGACGAGGGCGAGCACGACGACGCACACCACGAGGGGGACGAUGCGCGUCCGGCACUAGCGAGGGACAACAGCGCACCGUACCUGGCAGUGCCGCGCGGGCACGACCACGACCCGGACAGCGGGCUGCAGCUGCUGGCCCCCAAAACGGGCGGCUCGAUACUGAGCAGCGGGAAGGCGAUGCCGGCCAAGUACAACCAUCACCAUCACGGCGGCUCGAGCACGAUGCUCGACCAAAUCCCGGAGGAUGGGCUGGAAUCGCGGCGAAACGGCGGCGGUGAGCAUUACACAGCGGGCCGGCGCUCGUCGUCGGUGGCGCACGACGGCCACGGCAACGGGCACGCGAAACCGUCGCUGAUGGCCGCCAUACGCCGCGGCUCGCUGGCGUGGCUGCCGGGCCGGCGGCACCACAACCACGACCUCGAGUCGAACAUGGGCAGCAAGGUGUCGCUCAGCCAGCUGCCACCGUCGAGCGGACCGCUCAGCGAGCAGGCGUUGGAGUCGCGGCGCAAGAACCGGCGCUUUGGAGACGAUGCGCUCAGUACGGCUCUGUCGGCGCUGUACGCGAAGAUUGUCGUCAUCCUGGGCAUCGCGCUGCCCGUCACCGAGAUCCUUUCCUCCCAGAUACCGGCCAACGUGUACCAAGGGUUCUACCUGUUUCUCUACACCGUCAGCAUCGUGUUCGUGAUCUUCGUGUACGCCUCCACCAUGCGGCGGCGCGCGGUGCUCACCCUAAUCAAGAGUUAUCAUGAGAAAACGAACAGCAGCAGCGGCUCGGUGAAGAAGCGCAUACCGCACUUUGGCAGCUUCUACCUGCGCGUCGGUGCGAUCGCGUUCGGCAUCGGCACGAUGGUUUACUCCGGGCUCGAGUUCGGCCAGUACUUCGAGCUGAACGCGUCGCCCGGCUGCUCCAGCAUCUUCAUCGCGCUAACGCCGGCCGCCCGGAUGCUGCUCUCGCUCGUCCAGAUGCAGUUCAUCUUUCUCAACACGUCCGACCUGGACAUGGCCCGGCACAAGGUGUUCGCGCGGUUCGGCCUGAUGCACAUGGUCGCGACCAACCUGUGCGAGUGGCUGUACGUGCUGGUGGAGGAGACGAAGCACGAGAUCCACCAUCUCGCCCACACCGCCCAUCAUCACAAAGACGCGGGUGGGUUCGACACUCACGCCGCACUCAGCACGGCCACGCCCGCACCAAUCACCACCACCUCCACCACGACCGAGCGCGCCGGCUCGUCCGAGGAGCUGCUGCUCGACGCGCUCAACCACACGCUCGUGCGCCGAGCGACCGGCGCCGACCCCGAGUACGUCGAGUGCCAGCGAACCAACAUCAUGGGCUCGCUCGUGCAGAACGUGUCGCCGUUCCUGUUCCCCUGCACGAUCGAGUACUCGCUGAUCUGUGCCGUCAUACUGUACGAGAUGUGGAAGAAGGUGAAGACGAUCGCCGAGAUCGACCGGACGCGCCGCAGCUCGAUCAAGGUGCAGACCGGGGCCGGCUCCAAGAGCGCCCACCACUUCUCGGUCGACUGUUCCCGGGCGCACCGGGGCAUGUUCGGCGGCAUACUGCUGACCGUGCUGACGAUCAUCUGCCUGAUCAUGUACUUCGUGCUGUACGACGAGCCGGGCUACGAGUACUUCGCGAUCCAGGAGGUGACGAUCGCGGAAACGCUCAUGUACGCGCUGACCGCGGUUGCGGUGGUGGUCGCGAUGCUCAAGAUGCGCGACCUCAAGUACCAGCGCAAGAAGAACGACCAUCACAGCGGGUCGAUCAGCCUCGACUGCACGCUGCUGGUGCUCGCCCAAACCGGCGUGUACGUGUACGGCAUGUUCAGCAUCGUCGGCAGCUACUUCUCGAUGCGGCAGGGCGUGCCGGGGGCGCGCGAGGGCCUCGUGGCGGAGCUGUUCAGCCUGAUACAGACCUCCAUCCAGACGCUCUUCAUACUGAACGCGGUGUGGCGCAAAUGCCGCGGUGCGCAGCAGAACCGCACCAAGCCGGGGCGCGAGAUCGUGACGUUCCUGCUGGUCGCCAACAUGGCGAUGUGGUUCAUCAACACGCUGAUCAAGGGGCGGGCCAGCUUCCGGCCCUCGCACCUGGACUUUUUCGGCACCUGGGCCUGGACGGUGAUUACGCACGUGUCGAUGCCGCUCGCCAUCUUUUACCGGUUCCACUCGACGAUCUGCCUGUUCGAGGUGUGGAAGUCGACGUACAAGGUGAAGAUUAACGACCACCACUAGCGGUCAGUGGAAUGAGAGAGAGAGAGUGAGAGAAAGAGAGAGAGAGAUAACAAAGAGGAAUACAGCGAAACAGAGCAAUAAAUCUAGAGAUAAGGAAAGCCAGA